AAUACUUCAGAGAAACACGUUUGCUUGUGAUUUUUUAUUUAUUUAUUUUUUUUGUGUUUGUGGUAAUAAUUUUUAAAAUUUAGUUUAUUCUUUUUGAUCAGAGGAGCCUGUAUCUCGGGAGCAAGCUGCAGCACACAGACACACACACACACACACACACACACACACACUCACUCAGGGAAGACGGGGGAAGACUGCGUACCGCGUAGACCCCGCCAGCGCUCUCGGCAGCCUCUGGCUCUGACGGGUGGAAUCCGUCGGAGGGAAAAUUAGCGAGAACCUCAAAGGCCCUCUUCAUUCAUCCGAGACGCUGCUCCCCUUCGCUCUGCUCCUCUCCGCUCCUCUCACCGUCUCCCUCCUGCUAUCGAGAUUCCGACGCGAUGAACAAGAUGAAGAACUUCAAGCGGCGCUUCUCGCUGUCCGUGCCGAGGACAGAGACCAUCGAGGAGACGGAGUUCACCGACCAGAACAACCAGCUCAACGUUCGCCACAAAGCGGAGAGCCGGAGCCUGCGCACGCUGCACCCGGACGGCGGGGUCACGCCUGGGGAGGACGAACCUCGCUUUCCUGGCCCCUGCCUGCGCCUCCCCACCGAGGACGUCAGCAGGCGCAUGUCCCUGCCCAUGGACAUCCGCCUCCCCGCGGGCUUCCUGGAGAAGCUGAGGCAGCAGAUGGACACGUCCCCGCCCAGCAAACCCUCAAGCAGGAUGUCCCGCAGGGCCUCUCUGUCCGAUAUUGGCUUCGGGAAGCAGGAGACCUACGUUAAGCUCGGCAAACUGGGGGAGGGCACGUAUGCCACCGUGUUUAAGGGGCGUAGCAAGCUGACGGAGAACCUGGUGGCUCUGAAGGAGAUCAGGCUGGAGCACGAGGAGGGAGCCCCCUGUACCGCUAUUCGGGAAGUGUCGCUGCUGAAGAACCUGAAGCACGCCAACAUCGUCAUCUUACAUGACAUCAUCCACACCGACCAAUCCCUCACGCUCGUCUUCGAAUACCUGGACAGCGACCUCAAACAGUACCUGGAUAACUGCGGAAGCCUCAUGAGCAUGCACAACGCCAAGAUCUUCAUGUUCCAGCUGCUCAGAGGCCUGUCCUACUGUCACAAGAGGAAGAUUCUGCACCGCGACCUCAAGCCCCAGAACCUGCUCAUUAACGACAGGGGCGAACUGAAGCUGGCCGACUUCGGGCUGGCCCGGGCCAAGUCCGUCCCCACGAAGACGUACUCCAACGAGGUGGUGACGUUGUGGUACCGCCCCCCCGACGUGCUCCUGGGGGCCACCGAGUACUCCACACCCCUCGACAUGUGGGGGGUGGGCUGCAUAUUUUACGAACUGGUGACUGGACGGGCCAUGUUCCCAGGGUCCACCGUGAAGGAGGAGCUGCACCUCAUCGUCCGGCUCCUGGGCACCCCCACGGAGGAGUCCUGGCCAGGGAUCUCAGCCAAUCAGGAGUUUCAGUCAUACCGUUUCCCCCAAUACAGAGCCCAGCCCCUGCUGAACCACGCACCCAGGUUGGACACAGAGGGCAUAGACCUCCUCUCCGAACUGCUGCUGUAUGAUGCCAAACUGAGGGUCUCUGCUGAAGCUUCUCUCAGACACCCCUUCUUCCAAAGCCUAGGGGAGCGUGUACACACCCUGCCCGACAACUCUGCAGUAGUCUCUCUCCCAGAGGUGCAGUUACAGAAGGACCCGGGUUUUCGGGGUUUUCGGGGUACAGGUUUUCAGCAGUCUGCUCGGGGAAAGAGCCGGAGACAGAGCAUAUUCUAAAGCCGGAGGAGGAAGGGGUCAUAAAUCCUGGGGAAUUCCAGCGCACAGGAUUUCUUUUUUUUUUGGGGGGGGGGGGGGUGUCAAAAUCUUCUUCUGCAUGUGUAGCAUCAGGCCAUUGGUCCCCCCUGGGGGGGGGGGGGGGGGGGAGGUCUGUAUUCCCUGUGGAACUCUGUUCUGCACCAUGUGAUGCCUGAAUUCAAUCAUACGUUUUUGUACUGUAACAUUUUGAUUCAUUGUCUGAUUGAUUGUCAUAACAGGUGACAAUACAUAAUGUGAGGAACUGAGAGAGAGAGCUUGAUAGAGAGAGAGAGAGAGAGAGAGAGGAAGAGAGAGAGAAUGUGAGAAACUUCUGCCCUUUGGCAGUCAGCAAAGGACCUAUAAACGUCCCAUUACUGCAUGGAUAUUUAUGGGAUUUGUGGUAAAAAAUUUCAAAUGUUGCAAAAUGUAUAUUUCUACUAUAUAUUUAUCAGAAUACAAAUACAAUUGUGA